AUGGACGUUACAAUAACUACAGAGCUUCAAGAGAUCGUUGUAAAUGAUCAACAGUCAGAAACUACAGCAACUACACUCGAUGCUGUCAUUCGACGUUGUGGAGAUUUAGGUCUUUUCCAGUUUAUUCAUUUCUUUUUCUUGAAUAUGUUUGCUGUAUCAGCUGGAAUCGUUGCAUAUUACUAUGUCUAUGGUGCAGCUGAACCUGAGCAUAGAUGUCGCCUGCCCUCCAGCGUAUGGCCAAACGAUCAGUACAAAAUUGUGAAUUUAACUCACGAAAAGCUGAUCGAUUUGUGGAUCCCGAAAAACGAUAAAUGUCAUAUUUAUACAAGUGAUAGAGAAAAAGUUGAUUGUGGUUCAGACGGUUGGGUCUAUGAUAGAUCAGUAUAUGGGUUUACAUUUACUGAAGCUGUACAAAUGAUUUGUAAGUCACGCGCUAAACGAAGUACAAUAGCGACAGUGAUGCAAAGUGGUGGUCUAUCUGCGUUGUUUAUUGGUUCAUUAAGUGAUAAAUUCGGACGAAAAAUGGUUGCGCGUUGGUUGAUCCUAGUUAUAUUUGUGACUAGUGUUUUAACGCAAAUUGCCAUGCAAUGGAUACCAAUGUCAGUCAAUGCAAAAUUUGGUGUUUUAUUAUUGAAUCAUUUUACAGCUGGUUCGAUUCAAUCAUUGUUCAGUAUUGUUUUUGUCCUUCUGUUAGAAUUAACAAGUUCAUCACAUGCAAGUCUGGCCGGCAACUCCGCUCAAGUUGGAUUCGCACUAGGCGAAGCUUUUCAAACUUUAUUUGCUUAUUUAUCUAAAAACUGGCAAAUUUUAAAAUGGACAAAUUUGUUAUUUAUUGGUGUCAGUUUACCUUAUCUUUAUUUUAUGCCCGAAUCACCACUAUUUCUAUAUUCAAAAAAUGAGUACACAAAAUUAGAACAGUUGCUAAGAAAAAUGGCCCAUUUGAACAAACGUAAGGAAUCAGAUUGGUAUCCAUAUUUUCAGGAAUUUAUAGGAGCACAAUCACUGCGUGUUGUAGCACAAAAUAAAUUAUCAUUUAUACAAAAAUCCAAACGAGUAUUAUCGCAACGAGCAACAAUAUAUAAACUAUUGAUUAUUGGUGCUAUAGGGUUUAUUACUCUUCUACUCUACAUAAAAAUAUCCUACGGUCUGGCUGAUAUGCAAGGUAUCUCACCCUAUGUCGGAAUUCUUAUAGGAGCGGCCGUAGAAGUCGCCGGAUACAUUAGCGGAAGUAUUCUGUUAACCACAAGAUUAGGACGGAAAUAUGCAUUUAUUGUAUUUACAGCGUUGACACUCUUAUGUGUACUCAUUAUUCCAUUUUUGAUGAAACAACAUCCAUUACCCACAGUUAUCAUUGCUCAGCUAGGAAAAUAUGCUAUUAGCGGAUCAGUUUGUGUCUCAUGGAUUUAUGUGCCCGAAUUAUUUCCUACAUCGAUUCGUGGUUCUGCCAAUGGAUUCUUCACUGCUACUAAUCGAGCUGGAGCGAUACUUGCUGCAGUGAUCGAUUCGUCAAUUGGUGAAAAAUACAUUCGAAUUACGUUUUAUGUUUAUUCUGCUUUUGCUUUGCUGUUGUUCAUAAAUAUGAUCUUCAGUUAUGAUAAGAAAUAUUUUUUUACCAGUGGAUGA